UAUGAGAGGCAUGUCAGGUUUAUUGAGGUGGUCCAGAAUUGUCGAAAAAGGGUUUACUAUUUAUUUUCACUUUUUACAUUAUUCGCUUAGUGGGAAUAUUUUCAAGCGAUAUCAACUCCACUUGACUUUCUUUUUGAUUGUCUUACACCGUCAGCCUAGUGGGUGACCCUGUGUGUUUAAACGCCUGUUUUUUUUUUACCAGUGAUUAACUGGCAAAUUCUCACUACAAGGGGCAGACGUAUGUUGUUAUGACUAAAUUCCUGCGUGCUAGCGAACUCUAAUCGGGCGACAUAAAUCACUCAAGUCAAAAUAUGAAAACAAAUCUUUGAGGGACCGCCAAAUAAGGUAACGUUAACAAAUAAGAAACGCAGUGGGUGACAUGUGAAGUCGAGUCCAUAUAGGGGCUCCCUGUGGUGCUAGGUCUUUUAUUCACAGCAGGACUGUUAACACCUUUCGAUUCUUUGCACGCGAGAUCAAAACGUCUUUACUAUAAGCAAGAGCGGUGUGCUUAACCGGCUUAGGGAGACCCUCGCGUCGACCCCACCGCGAUUUGAGUGUAAUGCGGGCCCUAAUGCGAAGGUAAACAUUGGUAUCCUAGUGUUGACAUUUGAUUGUGCCGAUUUGUUAUCUCAAUAUAUGACGUCACCUCUUUUAAAGUGGAAAUACAGGCUCGAGAAUCUCUAAAGCGAGCAAUGGAGGACUACUGUGUAUUCGGUGACGGCUGUAAGAAGGGGGUUAAAGUUGGUGUGAAGGUUAAUCACUUAUUGUAGUCGGUAGUGGGGGACACACGGGGGCGCACUACGGAAGCAAGCGAGACCCACUUCGAGUAGUCAUUAGCUUCAUUUGUUGUUACCUGCUGUUAAUGACUUCUGUUUGGAUUUUACUUCUGGAAUUGAGAACGAUAGAAAGUAUUCCAGGAACCAAUCAACGACACAUUGAGGUAGAAUUGCGCGACACACGAUGUUAGAAGCACGUCGACCUCCAUCCAAAUCAUUUUGCGGAACGGCGCCAUCGAUUGAUAGACUUAAAGACGAGAGAGUUGGAACGAUCCGCAGGCAAUGCGAACAAGGUCUCGUGCCAUAUGCAGCGCGCUCGAUAGACUCUACUCACCCGCAGCCGGCCCCUUAUGGUCUAAGACGAACCAUCUCUAUGCCUGACUGCAACGAGAUGCGCGUUCUUCACAACGCGAAAAUUAUCAUAAAGCCAAUAUCUGAUCUGAAGAGGAUCCGAAGCGUGUCGUUUGAGCCGGAGGUUCUUUUAGCCUCAGCUGUCGCCGAGAAUGACUUAACAGAAGCUCAGAGCUUGAUUGAUAAAUACAAAUUGAAUAUUGAUCACCAGAGUGCUUCGGGACUAACAGCGCUCCACUAUGCCGCCCUGGAAGGCAGCUUUGAGUGUCUCGAACUCCUUGUAAAUAAAGGCGCCAGAAUAGACAUUCUAGAUUCAAAAGGGUGCUCUCCGUUGGAUUUCGCUGUUCGCGGGGGGAAUUUUGAUUGCGCGGCAUAUCUCAUAAAGGCUGGCGCCGAGAUCAAGAGAAUUGUCAAUGGCUUGAGAUAAGAUUAUCCUGAAUCCCUUGAAGGAGCUUACAAAGCAAAUGGCUUGUGAACAUAAUGUUCUACCCGUCACAACAGACUUCAAUGGGCUUAGAAAGAUGCACAGCCAAACAGUCGCGACCGAACUUUUGAACGCAAAAAUGAAUAGUCUGACCACGUACUUGUAUACUCUAAACAUAAAAAGAGGACUGUCUUAUCAGGCUUUUUUAUUGGACAUGUGCUUUUAUAGUUUUCCUUGUUAAAUUUGAAUGAGAAAAAUAAGGCUUUAAAUCUAGUAUGAUCGUGCAAUUGUGCGUCAGGUUUUCUGAUAAGUCUGACUCCAACCGCGAAAGCUGCCGAUAUCCAAGGGAAAAACACUCUAAUGCGACAACAUUAAGCUAAAUCAACAUUAAGGCAUCAUCUAAGGCUUUGCUUUAAACAAAAUUACUUACGACAAAAAUUACAUUACGACAAAAAUUUCAAACAAUGAAAAAGCACACCUAUUUUUGUUGAAACGAAACACAACACUUAAGCUGU